GGUUUUUUUUACGUUUUUGACAGUUUCUUCUGACAGUUUCUCAACUCUUUUACGAGGGCUAGUUUCCCGCUAAAUGGUCUAUAAAUUUGUAUUUUUCUUUAGCUUUGAUGCUACUGUGAAGUGAAAAUUUUUAAUUUACAUUCUCUUAAGAGAAUACAAUAUGCGAAGAAAAGUUGGGAGACUUAACCUAAACGUUAAACUACAAUUGGAAUUAAAUCAUUUUAAUUUUGUGUCAUUCAGUUAACAGAACUUUCGUAGGCGUAUUUUUUAAGCUUUCCUCAAUUUCUUCCUUAUUUUCGUGUUUGAAAAACUAAAAAAAUGGAAAAAGAAAGAUUUACUAUGCUUCUCCUGGAGCCGGGCGAAAUAUUCUUCGAGGAUUAUAGCGCCCAGAUGAGGUUUGAAGGUCCUUCAAAUUCAAAAAAUGAUUGGAUCGAGGGAAGAUUAAAACUUUGUUCUAAAUCCCUCGUUUUUGUAAAUAAAGAUAUGAAUCAGCCCCUCAUUAAAAUUCAAUUAAAAGAGACAAUACUGGCUGAAAUUUGCAAUUCUAGCAAUAGUUUAUCAGGGUCAAAUAUUUUGUCCAUAGAGUGUAAAACGUAUGUAAAAAUGUUGGAAGGAAACGUCCUUGCACCUUAUAAAUUUGUGCACAAAAAGACUUGUUUUCAGUUAAGUUUUAAUUAUGCGAAAGUCGAAGAUUGCCUUUCACAAAUUUUACAAUUGCUGAGAGCAGCUACUCUUCCAACUGCUGAACAAAAUGCUAUGAUUAUGGCAAUAGUUCAUUCAAGGCAAUCACGAGUUUCUUUCGAUACUUCGUGGCUGGAAGAUCUUUAUGAGCAAGUUGUAACAGAAGUGCAGGCUAAUAAAGUUCUACCACUUGUUGUUAAUCCAGGAAGAGUUUUACUCACAAAUAGCAGAAUAUAUUUUCAACCUUAUAAUAAUAUGGAUCAACAUCCUGUGUUAAAGAUACAACUGAAGGACAUAAAGAAUGUGAUAAAAAGGAGAUUUCUUUUACGACAAGUGGGACUCGAAAUUAAAUGGACUCGAGUGCCAGAAGGAAAACCGGAAUAUUUCUUUCUUUCGUUGAAUAAUCAGGAGGAUAGAGAUAAAUUAUAUUCAGAUUUAUUGAAACAAUCCCAAGUUCAUCUGGAGACGAUACCACAAAAUCAGAUGACAAUGCAGUGGCAAAAUGGAGCCUUAUCUAAUUACGAUUAUCUUCUGUAUAUUAACAGUUUAGCAGAUCGAACUUUUCAUGAUUUGACUCAAUAUCCAGUGAUGCCUUGGAUAAUUCAGGAUUAUACGUCUGAGACUUUAGAUUUAGACGAUUCCAAUAUUUAUAGAGAUCUCGCUAAACCUAUAGGAGCUUUAGAACCUGAGCGUUUAGAGAGAUUAAAGGAACGAUAUGAAGAGAUGUCGGAUCCAAAAUUUCUUUAUGGUUCUCAUUACAGUGCUCCAGGAUUUGUGUUAUUUUAUCUAGUAAGAAAAUAUCCUCAAUAUAUGUUGUGUCUUCAAAAUGGAAGGUUUGAUCAUCCAGAUAGAAUGUUUAAUAGCGUAGCUGACGUUUGGAAGAAUGUUUUGGUGAAUAUGUCCGAUUUCAAAGAACUGAUCCCAGCAUUUUAUGACACAACCAAUUCUGGGGAUUUUUUAGUCAAUGGAUAUGGAAUCGAUUUUGGAUAUCGACACGACGGAACAAAAGUUAGCGAUGUUCAUCUUCCUCCUUGGGCACAAGGGCCUGCUGACUUUGUGCAAAAAUUAAGAAAUGCCCUUGAAAGUGACUGGGUUUCGGAAAAUCUGCAUAGUUGGAUAGAUUUGAUAUUUGGUUAUAAACAAAAGGGAAUCGAGGCAGAAAAAGCUAAUAAUGUAUUUUUCCACUUAUGCUAUGAAGGAGCGGUGGAUUUAGACACGAUUCGGGACAUAAAUGAUAGACAUGGUCUCGAGGUUCAAAUUAUGGAAUUUGGUCAAAUUCCAAAACAAAUUUUCACACUACCUCACCCCAAACGACAGAUUUCUUCCAGAGAUUUAAUUCGUUCCGAAAGUAUUCUCUCAUCUAAAAAAUCUUCAGUAGAUGAAAUUGAUAGUAUGGAAAUUUCGUUGAAAGAGUUGAUGAGUUUUCAGUCCCACAAAGAAGGUGUAAAUUGCGUGACUGUAAUAAAAGAAGGAGCUCAAUCUAAUAAUUUUGUUUCUGUGGGACACGAUGGAAAUUUAAAAUUCUAUUCUAUAAACUGUCGUAAAUUAACGAGGAGCGUUGUCAUUUCUUCCUUGCCUUUAUCGUCUUGCAUAUCUUAUCAGAUUUCUUCCCAGUGUAAUGUAAUUGUGGUUGGAUCCUGGGAUAAUAACCUAAUAUUUUACGACGUCGAAUUUGGAAAAGUGAUAGACUCAAUUUUAGGACACGAAGAUGCAAUUUCAUGUCUGGCAUUCAGUGCAAUAAAUAAUGUAAUCAUAUCAGGAUCCUGGGAUUGUACAGCUAAAGUCUGGCGAACUUAUACUUCCGGCUCGAAAAUUAAACCUGCAGAAUAUCUCGUUGCUCAACUAGAUCACGACUGUAAAGUAACUUCGAUUAAUAUUUCUAGAGAUGAGAGUUUAUUAGUCUCAGGAACAGAGGACGGAGAAUUAUUUUUGUGGAGCAUGGAGACAUACAAUUUGCAAUUUAAUGUCAAAGGACACUCAGCAAAAGUCAACGCAAUAACCUUCGAGCCGGAGUCAAAAAAUAUAAUUUCCUGUGGUUCCGACAAAGUAUUAAGUGUAAUUGACGUUCGUACGAGUACACAAAUUUAUCAUAAGAUUUUGGAAGUCGAGGCGACUUCAUUAAUGUGGAUAAAAUCGCUUUUAUUAAUCGGGGAUAACUCUGGAAACCUUAGCGUUUGGGAUCCUCAGGCUGUGAAAUUCAUCUCGAAAUUUAAGUGUCACAAUGGUUCUCUGAGUUCGAUAGCCGUAACGUCGGACAAUAAAAAUGUGAUGACAGGCGGGAAAGACAGAAAAAUAAUCGUCUGGGAUUGCGACUGAAACUAGUAGUCAAAUACGCAGACGGGGGUUUUAAAGAAUUGAUUGUUAUUGAAAUAAAAUCGAAAUUCGAGUCACUUUUGCGCGUUUUUCUAUAUUUCGAAUACGGAAAAAUAUGUCUAAAACCUUAUUUAUUGUAAAUAGUAACGAAGACUGUUCAAGUAUUGUCAAGGCUGUAAAAAAUGUAAAGCUUUUUUAUGAAGCUAAGAAAUUUCGAAUCAAGCAAUAAAUAAUAAUACAACUGUAAA